GAAACGACGGCGAGAGGUGGAGCCGCUGAGCUGACAACUGUCAAAAGACUAAGAGCCCUUCCGUCCUCAAAGCAUCUUGUCGUAGCGCGUUAGAAACCGUUAUACGCCACGUGAUUGAAGUGAGUAUCCUGUAUCUCGUGAGUGUAACGACGUCUCUGUCGCUAUUCCGUUAUCUCGGAGCCGUUUCGGAUGAGCGGUUCGCACUUUGGCAGGUUUUAACGGACUGCAUGUCUUCCUGGAGACCCACUGAGAAGAGAUGUCAAGGCGAAGCACAAGGUUAGUGUCCAAAGAGCCGUCCUUCCCUGAUGAUGACGCUGCCAGCACGAGCUCCACCGGAUCCACUGGCCACAUCACUUACAAAGAGAGCCCAACCAGGAUCUUCAAGAAGAGGAGUGGCCGCAAGAGCACAGGCAGUGUUUCCCGCAAUUCAAGCCGCGCGAGCAGUGUGAGUCAGUUACUGACUGGGCAGCGCAGUGAAUUCACUGCCGCUGAGAAUGAGAAUGGCAUGCCCUUUGCUACUCAGGGAUUCUCCUCUGGAUAUUCCUCGGCUGAGGAGCAUUAUGAACAAUCCAUAAAAUCAAACCCUAGUUCUGCCCAAUCUGUAGCUGAACCACAAUUUGUCGUGUGGGACGUGUUUCAUUCUCCAGCUCAGGCUCUGGUUAUGUUCUACUGGUGGCUGGGAAGUUCAUGGUACAGCCUGACCUCUCGACUGUCUCUGAUCAAUGUGUUUCUGCUCAGCAGGUACAGCAAGAUUUCUAAUCUGAAGUCCAGCAUCUCAAACCUGCAGUCGGCCCAAGACCUCGUCAAGGAAAGAGUUGAUGCUCAAGACACUCUCAACAUUAAGCUGAGAGCAGAGCUAUCCGAUUGGCUAAUAAAACUCCUGAAAGAUCCAAGCUCAUUGGAAUCGACCAUAGUGCUCCGUCCUGAGCUGCAGAGGGCGCUGGAGGAUCUGGAGAAAGGGAUACUAGACAAACUAGUGCAUGAGAAAGAGAGCAGGAGAGAUGUCUGGAGGACUGUGGGAGAGACGCUGCAACAGGAAGGAGCCGGAGCGGUCACUAUACAAGAUGUGAAAGAAAUCAUCCACAGGGCAGUUAGUCUGUACAGGGCGGAUGGGAUUGGAUUGGCGGACUAUGCCUUGGAAUCUUCUGGUGCCAGUGUGCUCAACACCCGUUGCUCAGAGACGUAUAAGACCAGAUCUGCGUGUCUGAGUUUAUUUGGCAUUCCUCUGUGGUAUCAUUCAGAAAGCCCUCGGACUGUUAUACAGCCGGAGCUGUAUCCUGGGAAGUGCUGGGCAUUCCGAGGCUCCCAGGGUUUCCUGGUAAUCUCGCUGUCUUACCCAGUAAGAAUCACCCAUGUGACACUCGAACACCUUCCCAAAGAGCUCUCACCGACAGGCCGCAUUGACAGCGCCCCGAAGGAUUUUGCUGUCUAUGGUAUGUCUGAUGAGACUGAAGAUGGAAAGCUGCUUGGUACAUUCACGUAUGACCAGGAUGGAGAGCCCAUUCAGACUUUCAAGCUUGCGGAAGCGUCAGAGAUCUAUAGCAUGACCGAGCUGAGGAUCUUGAGCAACUGGGGUCACCUGGAGUACACCUGUGUGUAUCGCUUCAGAGUUCACGGAGAACCUUCAUUCGUCUGAGAGGAAGAGGAUCUGAAAUUAUUCUUCAGCUUUGGUUUACUCUAUGCAAAAAAAAAAAAUGUAAAGCUCAAAUGCACUGGAUUUAGCUUCCUAAUGUACGAAUACCAAAAAAGCGCACACAAACGGCCGACUGAUAUCAGAAUGUAGAUCGUUUGCCCGCUCCAAAAAUAUUUCAGUUUUGCAUUCCUCAAACAUUGAUUUUCAAGUGCUGAUAGGAAAGUUUUUAUGAAAAGGUGUACAUUUUUUAGCUGUUUAUACAGUUUUGAAUUAACUUUUGUGAUUUAUUGAAUUUUUUUUCAUAUGAAGGACAGGCUUAUAUUGUGUGUAACAGCAAAUAUGGUUUAUAAAACCAAAUGAAGGACAAAAAGUGUCAUGCUUAGCUGGAAUUACCAUAAAGCAGCAUUUGUUUUAUCCUCAGUAUGUGUUUUGCAACGAUAUAUGGUUCUGAAAUGUGUUUAUUCACGUCAUUGAACCAUAUACCUCUUAACUGCUUCUAAUAGUUUAUUGUUUAGGUAUGUCCUUUUGUAACGAUGCUGUUUUCUUUGAGCAGCAGCUCUGAUUGCACUCUUGAGACGUUAUUAUUUUCCGCCCCGGCUGACGAGUAUAGAUAGGUACUAGAUGGUGUAUGUCUCCUCUGCGGGACAGGGGAGGACUGGAGUCAAACUCAGGUUUUGGGUUUUCAAACCAAAGUGCUCUUGAACGUCCCAGAUUAUAUAGUUCUGUUGUCCUCUAUUUGUAUAUAUGUGCUUAAUGAUGCAGUUUUUCAAAUGCACACUUAAAAGGUAUAAAUAUUUGCUUUGUCUUAUUUGAUUUAUUUUGGCAUCCUUUCUCAUCGAGCUUAAUAGAGCUUUGAUGUUAAUUUGGCAAGUUUACAUGAAGUUUCUGUCACAUUAUAGAUAUUAUUUUGUAAAAAAUAGGAUUUUUUAAAAUAAAUUUGAGAUGGUACAUAAUACUGUGUGAAUGCUAAUAUAAAUGCAUGAGUUGCACACAUAAGACAUUUUCAUGCAGAUCUGCAUGUAUAGCACUGCACUGCACUGAUCUUUCCAUGCUUCAUUUAAUAAUUCAUGACUAAAGUUCAUCCAAAUCAUUUGCAUGGUUUAUACACUGACAAUUCAGCAACUUAUUUUUUAGACCUGGCUCAAUUUGAAUUUGACAUAGAUAACACUUUUUUUCACAUGCAUCUCAGACUGCUGUAUGUGACCACACAUAUACAUGUCUCUAUCACUUGCAUGUAUUUAAUACUAAUAAAUAAAGAGGGUGCUAAUAUUUUUUAACCACACUUUUCAGAAGUUGUUUUGCGUCUGCAUUCCCUAGUGUGGACACAUCUAUACAUAUCAAACACAAUGAGAAGAAUCCGGUUUCAUUUAUCUAUGACUGACCAGAGUCAUUUCACCACACCCUCACAAAUGCUGUUAUGAAAGGCCAAAACUUCACUACAUAACACUGACAGGGUUCAUUUGCUUUGCUGAAUUAGAAAUUCAACUGUUCAACUUACUUUUCUUGAGGGUCGUGAUUUCUGCAGCUCUAAGCUAAAGCAGUGGUUAUUAUAGGUCUUCUAAUAAAUAACACCAGUUUCAGUUGCUGGAGUUUUAUCUAUUAAGUUGAAUCAGUUGUGUUUGAUUAAUCAGAACCACUUGUUGGACACCACCCAAACACUGAUCCUCAAUUCAUUCACAAACACUAUUUUUUUUCUAACAAUUUUAUUUCCAUAACAGAAGUAAAACUGAAAGCAAAAAACUAAAUAAAUUAGGUGAUCUAAUAAAUACAGUAUGGUAAACAAAACAAAAAACCGGUAAGAUGUUUUCAUUGUCUUACAGUAUUGACUACCAUGAUAGUGCAUCAAAGAAAAGAAAUAUUCUACAUUAUAAAAACAGAUGAAAAUGGUACAGCUAUUAAAAUCACACUAUAAAACUACAAUGUCUUAGACAUAAAAUUCACCUAUUUUACAUUCAUUAUUUACAGUUACAGCGGAAAAUCACCAAACUCUCCAUAGGCUUUAAAAUACGUGUUUCUUCGACAAUUCCACACAACACACAUCAGUGAUUUCAGUGGGACACGCUCGUUCUGAGAGUUCACGUGAACAUGCAUAUGAUCUGAAACACACACACACUCGUGUCUUUCUGAUGUGUACAAAACCUCAAACGUACACACAAGAUGCUCCCGUAUGGAAUGCUGUGAGGGUGAAUAUGUAUUCAGGAUGCUGGUGUUGAAACAGAAAUUAAUUUGACCUGUUGUAUCGCUGGCCAAAUAAUCACACGCACACACUCAAACUCCACUCAAAAGUGAAAAAAACCUAAUUUACAGGUAUUUGAUGUCUAAAAAGUGACAAAUCAUAUACUGUAGGUGAUUAAUUAGAGGUGAACAGCAACUAUGUAGGUUUUUUUUACCUAAGAACAAAAAUGUAUUCUGGAGUGUUUAAAAACCGGAACAAUGUAUUAUAUAUAUGCUUACAUAAGUAAAAACCUCAUUUGAUGACUGAUGUGUUUAAAAAUCACAAAUACUUAUGGAUGAACUAUCAAGGGUGAAAAUACUAGGUUAAAAAAGAAGAAAAAAGGAAAACUACAAGUCUAAAAAAUGUCAAGGCACAUUGGAGCCAAGCAUACUGUGUUUCCAAACGUGUCAGAGCAAGCUGAACAGCAGAUGAUGCUCAACAGACACAUGGUUUGUACUAACAGCAUCAUCAAUGGUCUGGUUUCGCAGCUCUUCCAUCUGAUGAAGAGGAAGAGGAAGGCUGUUCAGUGCACUCUAAUCAUGCCACGAGUCGCAGUGCAUUUUGGUCGCUCUCCGUGUUUCCCAACUUGACCAUUUUCCCUCAACUGGAGGGAGUCGGCUGUGCAAAACGCAUAAACUACUGACAUCUGAACUCAUGAGUGACAUUAUGAAUGUCAGAUAUUUGCUGUACUUUAUGAUCAACAUUCACUUGCACUGAUGCUAAUACUUUCAUUAAAGAGUACAUCUGAUUGUGCAUUAUAAAGUGACGACCUUUCAAUAAAAAGUUGGGUUGAUGUAAUAUUCGGUGACAAGUAACAAUGAAACGAUUUAAGAAAUGUUCUGUUUGUCUCCUCCUGGAGUGAUCAUAACUAUCUGCAUUUCACAGAGAAAGCUAGUGAACUUGUUACAAAAUAUAAACACAUUUAAAAGCAUCUUGCAAAAGCAAGAACAGAAGACAUUGAUAUGAAUAUAGGGA